GACCUCCUAUCCAGUCCUCCUAUCUCGACCUCCUAUCCAGUCCUCCUAUCUCGACCUCCUAUCCCGUCCUCCUAUCCAGUCCUAUCUCGACCUCCUAUCCCGUCCUCCUAUCUCGACCUCCUAUCCCGUCCUCCUAUCUCGACCUCCUAUCCCGUCCUCCUAUCGCGUCCUCCUAUCCCGUCCUCCUAUCCCGACCUCCUAACUCGACCUCCUAUCCCGACCAUCCCGUCCUCCUAUCUUGACCUCUCAUCCCGUCCUCAUAUUCCGUCCUGUAAUAUGUGACCAGUAUCAUCCACAGAACUUUUUAGAAGAAGCAAUGAAAAAAUGGGUGUAUUUGCUGGCUGUCAGACUUUGACCUGGGAGGAGCAUUUAACCUCAUUGUAAAAGUAUCAAGGCCAGACUCUGGGAGAGAAGCUGCGACUCAAUGCUCAUAAAUUGAAUGAACUGUGCUGACUUGUGGUCACUUUUCUUGUCGCCAUCAAAUUGUUUUGCAGGAUGGUAGGAAUAAAGCUACCGCUGUUCUCUGUAGUCAUAGGGCUUUGUGCCUAUUACUUUUACAGCACAGAGACCAUAACUCCAGACAUGGUAAAAGGAAAGAGAGUACUGGUGACUGGAUCCAGUACAGGGAUUGGAGAACAGAUUGCAUAUACAUUUUCUGAAAUGGGGGCUCAUGUGAUGCUCACCGCCAGAAGGGCUAAACAACUACAGGAGGUGGCAAAGAAUUGUCUGCAGUUAGGGGCAGGAUCUGCCCAUUACAUGGUAUCUGAUAUGGGGAAUUUGACUUCUGCUCAGAAUGUGGCCCAAGAAGCAAUUAAAAAACUUGGUGGCCUUGACUAUCUGGUGUUAAAUCACGUGGGAGGAAGUGGGUCAUUUGGAACUUUUAAAGGUGACAUGGAGGCUUUACUGAGUUCUACCAAUGUAAAUUUCCUCAGUUACGUCCAACUGACAUCCAUAGCUCUGAAGGCGCUACUGGAAUCCCAAGGGAGCAUCGUUGUUAUGUCUUCUCUGAGUGGACGUAUUGGGGCACCAUUUACAACAAGUUACUGUGCAGCCAAGUUUGCACUGGAAGGUUUCUACAGUUCCCUUCGCAGAGAAUUUGUACUGAAUAAGAGCAAUGUAUCUGUUACUGUGGCUGUUUUGGGAUUCAUUGAUACAGAGAAUGCUGUGAGAAAAGUAGGUGACAAAGUGACCAUGUCUGCAUCACCCAAAGAAGAAUGUGCUGCUGAAGUUGUUAAAGCGGCCGUUUUACGACAGCCAGAACUUUUUUAUCCUUUCUGGGGUAUUAAACCAUUUGUGUUGUUGCGAGAUUUGGCUCCAACUCUGAUUACACAUUUACUUGACAAAUUCUAUUUGCUAGAAAAUAUUAAGUAAAACUCUUGUAUGAAUAAAAUACAAUCAAUUUUUACUUCUUCAUUAUGUGAAACCUUUUUAUUAAAUGAGUUAUGCUAAGAUGUUACUAUACUCCAUCAUA